UGGCAGGGUCAGUCCCCGACCAGAGCCCUGGAGCAUGGCUAUGUGGGGCCUGGGAGGUCGCCUUGGCUUGCGCGGGUGCCUCGGCGCCCGCAAGCUAUUGUGUCCCCGUUUCCAGAGCCGCGGCCCCCAGGGCGUGGAAGACGGGGACCGGCCACAGCCUUCCUCGAACACACCCAAGCUCCCCAAGAUCUACACCAAAACAGGAGACAAAGGGUUUUCCAGCACCUUCACCGGAGAAAGGAGACCGAAAGACGACCAGGUGUUUGAAGCCGUGGGAACUACAGAUGAAUUAAGUUCAGCCAUUGGGUUUGCUAUGGAAUUAAUUGCAGAAAAGGGCCACCCGUUUGUGGAAGAGCUUCAGAAAAUCCAGUGCUCCCUGCAGGACGUCGGCUCUGCCCUGGCAACACCGCGCUCCUCAGCCAGGGAGGCUCACUUAAAACACGCCACAUUCGAGGCAGGGCCCAUACUGGAGCUGGAGCAGUGGAUCGACAGAUACUCCAGCCAGCUGCCCCCGCUCACCACUUUCAUCCUGCCUUCCGGAGGCAAGAGCAGCUCCGCACUGCAUUUCUGUCGGGCCGUGUGCCGCCGAGCUGAGAGACGCGUGGUGCCUCUUGUCCAGUCCGGUGAGACGGAUGCAAACGUGGCCAAGUUCUUAAACAGACUCAGUGACUAUCUCUUCACGUUAGCCAGAUACACAGCCAUGAAGGAGGGGAAUCCAGAAAAAAUAUACAAGAAAAAUGACUUGUCGGUCCCUGCCUGAGGCGCUUGGAAAUAAUGGAAAAAGGGAGCUUUGUAGACUCCACAGUGACGAUGGGAAAGGAAGACUUUGCCCUCAUAUCCUGAUUCCUGAAGAUCUCACCCAGAGGGGCCAGAAGUUGGUCUUUUGUCCGGACUCAGCCUCCUCUCAGGGCCCCGCCACUUCCUUCAGGAGCUGAGGCCGGUGGAGAAUUCUGCCCCCCCUCCCCUGGGCUCUCCUCAGCCUUCCAAAAAAGAAUAAAAGUGGGAAAGGCUUGAGAGAGAGAGAGAGAGAGAGAGAGUGAGUGUGUGUGUGUGUGUGUGUGUGACAGAGACAGAUGCCCUCCACUGGCAGCUUAUUUGGAAUGGUACCAGAGGCCCUUGGAAAUGUAACUGUGAUUUACCUGUGCCAAAGGGGCUUUAAAAUGUCACAUUUAUAAAGAGGAAGGCAGACAGGAUUUGGAGUUCAGUCACCUCUGAGCCACUCAUCAAGGGGGAAGGACGGCUGCAGAUUGACAGCGAGGCCUCGGAAACACUUGGACUGAAGUGCACGUGUGGCGAGGGUGCAGCCCGGAGAAUCUUCUCUAAAGGGGAGCCUUCCUCCAUCAAGGGACGGACAUCCCUGGGAGAGGAACACCACCACUUUAAGGAGGGUGUGUCCUGCCCGGGCAGGUGGCGUCCAGGGUCAGAGGUGAACUGCGUUCAGCUUCAGACUAUAAGCUCUUAGGUUUCCAGCGAGGCUGACGCAGACCAGACCGACUUCUCUGAUGUUGCACUUGGCUGGUUUAUGCCUCUGAGAUCCGGGCCGCAGCUGUAUUUUAUUUCAGCUGUCACUGCUGCUCCUUCCCGCUAUGGAGUGACCCUGCCAGUGCCAGCUGUGUCCUUGGGAAGGGGGAUAUUUAUGAAGGGCGAGGAGGCAGCCCCGAGAACCUGAAGAUUCCACGCCACUAAUUGCAGGAAACAACUUGGGAAGGGCAGGCUCUCACUAACUGUCAGGGCAGAAACGCCCAGUGAACUCCAUCCAGCCAUCAUUUAUUAGCCUGAAGCUCGGAAGUCCCUCCAGCCAUCCCUGCCAGCAGUUAGGAAACAUUAAAAUGAUGAGUUUUG